AUGCCAGUACCCAUACAUCGAUCGCUGGUUCACUCACGCGCUCACUUCGGCGGAUACAACAACCCAAGUCUCAACGCCAUCUUGAAAUUUUGGCUUGGCGAUGAGAAUCGAUCUAUUGGUGUAUCCAGGAAAGCUCAGGCUCACCUCAUCGCAAAGACCAAGGACCCCGGUAUCAACCCCGAUGCCAGCUUUGUUGCUUUCUCGCGCGCAGUUCCUAUAUAUGAUUACCACUUUCACGGAAAUAUGUCUAGGCCUACAAAAGUCUAA